CGCCGCCAGUGGCCAGAGCCGGAGUAACUGGAUUCCGGGCAGCGGGGUCGCAGUCCCAACGCAAGAAGAGCCUGGCUUCUGCGCCGUGUCCAGAGCUGCGAGUGGGAUCUGGUCGUGAGGCGUGCAUCAUGCCUUAUGUGCUCAUCAGCACCCAGAUCCGCAUGGAGGUGGGCCCCACCAUGGUGGGUGAUGAACACUCAGAUCCAGAGCUGAUGCAGCAUCUGGGGGCCUCAAAGAGAAGUGUCCUGGGAAACAACUUUUACGAGUACUACGUCAACGACCCUCCUCGCAUAGUCCUGGACAAGCUGGAACGCAAGGGCUUCCGGGUGUUGAGCAUGACAGGGGUGGGCCAGACACUGGUGUGGUGCCUGCACAAGGAGUGACCUUCUCCUGAUUGCAGAAGGGGUACUCCUCCUUUGGAGGGUCUGCCAUGGGCCCUGCCCCCAUACUGUCCCACUGACUGCCUCUCUUCCCAAAUUGUUUCCUUCUCCAGUUUGGCACCCAUGAGCACUGAACUGCCUCUGAAAUCCUGCUCCAGUAAAUGGGGGACAGGCCCCUUGCCCCAGUGCUCCCAGCUGUCCUCUGGCUGCAGGCCUGACCCUUGCAGUAUGCUGGGUUCUGGGGGCAGGUGUCCACUGCAGCUGGUCAUUCCAGUGGAGGAUGCCCUGGGACCUGGACAGACAGGUCCUGCGCAGCUAGUCCAAGCCAAUAAAUGGCUUUGAUGAGUGGUUGCUACUGUACUUUGCUUAUGCAGUUACUGUCGCUGCAGAUCUAUCCCUGCCCAGAAAGAGAGCC